UUUUUGCGCAGUGUAUGAGUGGUUGUGCCGUCCAGCAGGAUGUAGUUUUAGUGAAAAUUAAGUAUUUUAGUGUAAUUUUAGCAACCUUCUCUAUGUGAUAAAUUCGUGCUUGUUCUUCAGAUUUUAGCACUCUUCAAAAUAUAUGUCCCUCUUUUUAUCUCUAGAACGGUCAUUAAAAAAUUGUGGAUUGUUUUUUUGAACCUGAGAUUCUUGAGAAAAUACGGUUCUAGAGGGAAUGAUUAAUAAAUGGUAGUAAUUAAGCUUUUAUGGGAAGGCCAACAGACAUAGAAUAUUAGGAUAUAAUAGAAUAAAUAGAUAUUAAAUAUGGAACAAGAAGAAAAUUCUGAAGUGAAUAUAGAUUCAGGAGAAAUAAGUGAACCCAACAGAACAUCAGUGACUAGGCCAAGUGCAGGAUCAGAUGGAGAUUAUGAUGAUCAACUUGGGGUUCCUGAAUCUAUCACAGUUGUAGAUAUGGGAACUGGACCAGUUGCAAUUGAAUUUUCUGAUGAGGACCCUGAAAUUGAACACAUUGGUGGAUUGCCUUUCAACUCAAUUCAUAACUAUAAAAAAUUCAAAUCCUUCAACAGAGAUGUCUUCAUACCAGGUGUUGAUAUCACAGCUGCUAUCAUAGAUUAUGAGAGAAAUGUGACUUCUCACAUGCUCAAUCCUAAUCUGUAUACAAUAUCUUUAGUCCAUGGGAGUUUUUCUUGGCAAAUCAAGAAAAGGUAUAAACAAAUUCAGUCCUUGCACCAGCAACUAGUAAUAUUUAGAGCAGGCCUAAAUAUUCCAUUUCCAACCAAAACACACCGAAAUAAAAGAAAACGUAUGAAGGAAAGUGGGAAAGUAUCAUCUAAAGGAAAGAGGAAGAGUGCUUUGCCUAGGUUUCCGAAGAAGCCUGAAAUAUUGGUUUCAUAUGACAAGAUAGGAUUCAGAAUGAAGCAGAUUGAAAGUUAUCUGAAUAAUCUGCUAUCUAUAUCAGUAUAUCGAAAUAAUCCGGCCACGAUAGAAUUUUUAGAAGUUUCCCAUUUAUCGUUCAUUGCAGAACUGGGAUUGAAAGGAAAAGAAGGUCUGGUCAAAAAGAAGACCGGAAGCAUUCAUCCUGGUCAGUCAGGUUGUAAUUUUUUUGGUCUAUGUCACAGUAUUUGUUGUAUGAGGAGUCAACAAAUAUGUGCCGACAUUAUAUGCAGUCGUUAUGUGAAUCGUUGGUUUUUCAUCAAAGACACCUUCUUCGGUUAUGUGAAUCCCGAUACUGGUCGUGUGAAUUGUGUCGUCUUGUUCGAUCAAGGACUCGAAGUUGCAGGUGGUUCAUAUUCAAUCGGGUUGCAAAAUGGCUUUCAAAUACAGACUCUCAGUAGACAAAUCACGUUUAAAUGUUGGACGAAGAGAAAAGCGAAAGAGUGGACGGAAAAAUUGAAAGAGGUGGCAGCUACCACUGCUAGAGAAUUUGUCCAACUGAACAAAAAUCAUUCAUUCGCACCAGUUAGACUGAAUGUGGCAGCUUCUUGGUUUGUGGAUGCAGCUUCCUAUAUGUCUGCGGUCGCUGAUGCCAUCGAAAAUGCGAAAGAAGAAGUGUUUAUAACCGACUGGUGGUUAAGUCCCGAAAUAUAUUUGAAAAGGCCGGCUAUAGUUGGGGAUCAUUGGCAGCUGAAAAAAUUAUUAGAAAGGAAGGCGAAAAGCGGAGUCAAAAUCUAUAUCCUGCUCUACAAGGAAGUAGAAAUGGCUCUCGGCCUCAACAGUUACUACAGCAAACAGAAGCUGAUCGAGGCGUCUAGCAAUAUCCAGGUAAUGAGGCAUCCGGACCACGCGAAGGCGGGCGUCCUUCUCUGGGCGCACCACGAGAAGAUGGUGGUCGUGGAUCAGACUUACGCUUUCGUCGGUGGAAUCGAUUUGUGUUACGGUCGAUGGGACGAUGAUAAACACAGAUUAACUGACCUUGGUAGCAUCACUCCCAUGAAAAAUACAGCCAAUAUGAAGCGAAAAACAUCCAGUUCUCCUAUGGGCGAGGCAAUCUACCCCAUUCCCAUCCCCUACUGCAAACUAACACCGAUUCCCGAAAUCAAAGAUUCUCAGCAACCCCAUGAGAAUGGGAAUACUCGCCUUUUGCCCCAACUGGAGCCAGGUGACAACCUUCUCAUGCCUCGCAAACGUUCUGCAAAGGUGAAGAUAAACACUCCUGAAAUCGAUCGAAAGCAUCAUAUUCUUGAGGCUAUCAAAGACAAGGGCAAGGAGUUGAUACAUUUAGUGUAUAACCCGCAUGAGGAUGAUGAAGAUGAUUCGCCGGUACCUGAAACUUCGAAUGCCAAGGAUGCACAAACACCAGAGGAGUUACUCGAUAGUCUCGAUGGUUCUGCUAAGUUCUGGGUGGGAAAAGAUUAUGCUAAUUUUAUCGUGAAAGACUUCAUAAACUUGGAUUCUCCUUUCGAUGAUUUUAUUGAUAGAGCGACUACUCCAAGAAUGCCUUGGCAUGACAUCGGGAUGUGUGUAAUGGGUGAUGGAGCUAGAGAUGUUUCAAGACAUUUUAUACAGAGGUGGAACGCUACAAAACUAGAAAAAGCAAGAAAUAAUGAUUCAUUUUCUUAUUUAAUGCCCAAGAGUUAUAUUAGACAUGAUACUCAUCCUGCAAGUUUUACUCAUGGAACUCAUAAAGUGACAUGUCAGGUCCUUCGAAGCGUGAGUUGUUGGUCUUGUGGAUUUUUCGAGUCGGACACGGUUGAACAAAGUAUUCACGAGGCAUACAUUGACGCAAUAACGAAAGCUCAGCAUUAUAUCUACAUAGAGAAUCAGUUUUUCAUAACUCUAUCCUAUAAUAAUCCGAACACCAGGAAUCAAAUCGGAGAAUCCUUAUACAAGAGGAUAUUACGAGCAUACAAGGCUAAAGAAGUAUUCCGUGUAUUUGUAAUAAUGCCUCUCCUGCCUGCAUUCGAAGGAGAAGUAGGAGCAGCUUCAGGAACAUCACUUCACGCAAUAACUCAUUGGAACUAUGCUUCAAUAUCUCAGGGCAAAGAUGCACUUCUGAUUAGACUGAAAGAAGCUGGUAUAGAAGAUCCCUCAGAAUACAUCACCUUUUAUGGCUUGAGGACCCAUUCGAAAUUGAAUCAGGAACCUAUCACUGAACUGAUUUAUGUUCAUUCUAAACUGAUGAUUGUUGAUGACAAAUUGGUGAUUUGUGGAUCUGCGAAUAUCAAUGAUAGAUCUAUGAUUGGAAAGAGGGACUCUGAAGUUGCAGUGCUGAUAGAGGAUGAAUCUUUCGAUGAUGGAGUGAUGAACAACAAGGCUUUUCCUUGCGGGAAAUUCGCCGGAAGCCUCCGGAAGUACCUUUUCAGAGAACAUCUCGGUAUCCUCGACAACGACACGGAUGUCUUCGACAUGGACAUAACGGAUCCAGUGGCAAAUCAUUUUUACAAGGACGUCUGGUACAAAACUGCCUCUCUGAACACCGAAUUCUACGAGAAGGUUUUCCAUUGCUUGCCGACGGAUAGCGUUAGGAGUUUUUCUGAUUUGAAGAAGAUCCACGAAGAGAAGCCACUGUGGGUGGAUGAGAUCUCGAGGGCUGAGAAAAUGUUGGAGAGUAUACAGGGUCAUCUUGUUCUCUUCCCUCUCAACUUUUUGUGUAAUGAAGAGCUUACUCCUGCUGCAGCUUCGGUCCAUGGUAUGAUGCCUACUUCAUUGUGGACAUGAAAUAACAGUUUGUUUAAUAACCAUUUUCUAACCUCUUUUUAACUUUUCAAGAUAUAUAAAUUUACUUAUACAACUAUAGUUAAAAAUUAUAAAAACACAAUUUUAAUCU